AUGCGAUUGUCCACUUUUCCGGCUGUUCUGGCAGCGCUUGGGCGCCUCACCUACGCGGCGUCUAGCCAAGGGUGCAACAAGACGUCCGCGGCACCGACAUUGGAGAAGCGCGUCACUGUAGAGCUCGCAGCAAACAAGUCCCGAUCGUUCAUGUAUUGGUUGCCUCCGAACUAUGACCCCAAGACGCCCGCGCCCAUCAUCAUCUCGUACCAUGGUGUCAGGCAAUCUCCGACUAAGCAGGCGAACCUUGACCAGUUUGACAACACUCGCUUCAAUACAGAUAUGAUCGCAGUUUACCCCCAGGCAGUCACACCGCCCGGCUCAGAUGAAGUUAUGUGGCAAGGACCGCGCAAGGCAACCCAAGACGACAUUGGCUUCACAAUGGAGAUACUCGACCAACUAGAAGAAGAGUUCUGUGUCGACACGGACCGCAUAUACGCGUCGGGCAAAUCAGAGGGUGCUGGGUUCGUAGGAAUGCUGGCGUGCAACUCGACCUCCAACGCCCGAAUUGCGGCAUUUGCACCAGUUUCUGGCGCGUUUUAUCCUGGCCACAACGAUGGCAUGAGCGAUAAAUGCAAGGAUGAAGUCCCAGUGCCGUGCAGCCCGAUGCGCUGCAACAUUCCCUUCCUAGAGUUCCACGGCGGUGCGGAUUUCCUUGCUCCGAUCGAGGGUGGCCUCCAUCGGCAUGAGUGCCUUCCUGAUAUCCGCACCUACAUGCGUCAGUGGGCUCAACGAGACAAACUAGACACGGAACCUACGGAGGUAUACAACCUGACGGACGUGGCUCAAGUGAAUAAGUACGACGACAAAGGCACCGUAACUUUCGUCUAUGACGGGGACAAAGUUGGCCAUGACUGGCCAUGGACUGUGGAAAAUCCAGAUACAAAACGAGCACAUUCCAAGCCCGCAAGCUUCAAUGCCACGUCGUAUAUCAUGGAGUGGUUUGGUAACUUUACUUUGGCGCCACCGGACAACUGUAACGCCACCGUGUGA